AAACGUGUAGGUGACCUAGACUAAGACUACGCGGAUGCACAUUCCCGCUGAUUUCAAAACUUGGUAUUGCCGUAAGGUUAGCAGCUGUGGAGUUAAUACUUGGCUAACAUUGACGUGAACAAGAAAAUAUAACACUUUACUUUUUAUGUGAAAUGGCACAUCAAAGUAACCGUCAGGAAAAAGGAAAACUGUACCCCAUUGCAAAGCUGACAUCUCGGCUAAAAACCUGGAAGAUUAAAGCAACAGCAGAAAUUGAAACAGAUGAAGAGGUGCAUAAAAAAUUUCGUAAUAAAAGAUGGGAAGGCAGAAAGUUUGCUGUUACUUUAAAAGAUGACUCCGGUGAAAUCGGAGCCAUUGCAUUCAGAUGUGCUUCAAAAUUUGAAUCUCAGAUUCAGAAUAACAAGGAGUACUACGUGUCUGGAGCUAAUAUAGAGAAAGUCAAGAAAGCAUUUCAGAGGAGGCACAAGUAUCAACUAGUCCUUGAAGAAGAUACAUUAUUUCAAGCUGUUGAGGAUGGGACAUCACUCCCUCAAGAUGCAUGUAGCAGUAGUACUGGUGCUGCAAGUGUAGGCAGCAGGAAGACUGCUACUUCUAGCCCGAGAAAAGUUCUGUUUCAGCCACUCCCAGUGAAUGAGGCUAAAAAUAUGCAGAAAUCCUCAGAAUAUUUUGACAUUUUAGGCCUCAUAAAGAAGUCAUCUGCCGCACAACCCAAAACCAACGGGAAAACUGGUAGGAGGUUCUACGCCAAGCAUGUUUGUUUGACUGACAAGACUGGAGAAGUGACGAUUAGUAUUUCUGCAAACAAAGUAAAGGAAUUAAAUUUGCUGAAAACAAAGAAGAUCAUUGGCGUUGUGGGCUGUUAUUGGGCAGCUAAUGGUGAAGAAAUUGUAUAUGCACACUCUGAGAAAGUAUAUUAUGAAGAAUGUGACAUACCAGAUGAUAUGGAAUCCAAAGUGAAAGAAUUAAGAGAAUGGUCGGAAGCAUACGUACACUGCAAGUCCAAGCCAUCAACCUCUAAAGAUUCAACUAGUCCAGGAAAAUCCCAGAAAAGGAAACAAAAUGAUGAACAGGAAGGAAAAAUUGUACAUGAUGGGCAAAGUUGUCAAUCUCCUUCACUGCAACGUGACGUGAAGCAACCCAGGAAGUCUCCUGAACAAAGUAGAAAUGAUGUUUCUCAUGAGAAGAGAGGCACCAAAAGGCCACAUGAAGAACAGGAACAUGGUUCAAAAAAGCAAAAAUUGAAUUUUAAGAAGUUUGAAGAAUUAACAAAGAUUGGAAGAAAUGCUUUCCAGUUCUACUUUGACACUGUGUUCCCAACACAAGACUUCAGUAAAUUUUUGAUUGACAAUAAGGACACUAUGCAGUUUGGACGGGGUGGAUCUAAGUUUACAGAAGAGGAAAUGAAUGUCCUCUUCCCAGGGAAGAACUCAACUGCAACAUCUUCUAAAUUAGAUGUGACAGUAAUGUACAGACUGGUGAGGAAUUAUGGAGUUGAUAUCCCAUCUCCGACUAAGGGUUGGGGGAAGAAACCAGAUAUCUGUAAGAAGGAAAUUGGAGACGACCUAGAGAGAAUUCGAUCUUAUAGAAAUAAAGUAAAGCAUGCGACUGAAGAAACCGAUGUCAUGGAUGAAGAUGACUUUGAUAUUCAGUGGAAUGAUUUAAAGCAGGCAAUUGUGAGGCUUAGUGGUGGAAGGCUGAAGAAGGAGAUCAUGGACUUGCAGAGUAUCUAGAUAGCAGCUCAACUCACAAUGGCAAAGUUUUAGGUCAACACCCACUGUAAUGCAUGGUAAUUGAUUUGAACAGAAUGCUGGAAGAUUUCAUUAUUUAUCUUUUGUAUAGGAUAUUAAACUUGGGAGACAGUGAGGACGGAUUUGAAAUUGAAAUACCAGUUACAGUGUAUCUCAAAUAGUCACAAGAAAACUUAUUGUGCAAGCAUCGAUUCCAACCACAGCUUCUUGGAAACCAUCAAAACUAUGUAAAGCAAACCAUAUAGAAACCUUAUACAGCAUUAUUGCACGGGUCAGCAGUCAACUGCUGUACAUCGUUAUCAAUUUAUUUAUUAGUUGAAUAGCUUGUAAUGACAUAGUGCAUACAUUACAAAUAAUCUUUAUGUUGUUACAUAUGCCAUUCAAUCAUACAUGUAUGUUCAAUCCUGCCUUUAAAAUUUGUAGUUGUAUCCUGGCUAAAAUCUCAUUUUAAAAACUCCAGGACUUGGAUGGUAUUAUUAGUGCAUGCAUGUACAUUGUUUCCAUAUACUGUAUGUGUGAUUCUUAGAGCAGCAAGGGAUAGCCCCUCUUUAUUCGUUUGGGGGGUAUAUUGGAAUCACCGUGUCCGUCUAUAGACAUGAUUUUGUCCGGGCAUGUUCUAAGAAACUAGUGCAUGGAUAUUUCUGAAAAUAUGUAGUCAUUACCCACCAUAUGAAAAUGUGCACCUGGUGUUAUCAUAUUGAUUGGACAUUUUUUCUUCAAGUUACAGACUUUUUUCUAAUUAUGGACUUAGUCAUUUUUUAAAACGAAAA